GUGCGGAUGCGGUGUUAUUUCCUUUGUAGGUACCGUUUUCGGAUAAGGGGAAAAAACGAGAUGAGAUUGUACAUCAUUAUCCUUUGUACAGUACCAUAGCUCGACAUCGAAGACCAACCAGAAUUUCACCUCAAAGGAACCGUAAACAUAAUCGACAGUUCCCCAUGAUCAUGUAUACCCAAAGUAACUUUUUAAUCCCAUCACCCUCACAAUGGGACUCCCUACAAGCUUCCAUCGCUUUAGCGACCUAUCAACCGCAAUCCGAGACCGCAUAUGGGCCCUCGCGGCCGGCGAACCGCUCUUCCCAACAAGCCGCCGCAUGAUACCUCUCAGAGUGCAGAUGAUACCCAGACUAAGCACCGUAUCCGAAGAAGACAUUCCGGGAUUCGAUCCAGAACAAGAUGAGUUUGACGGCGAUGGAGUCUACAUCCGCUGGCAUUUCCGCGUAUUUGGACCCGGCCCAGCUGCUGUAAAUGCUGCUCUGUGGCAUUCAUCUACGGACUCGUAUCGAUUUUACUUGAGGCGGAAUCCGAAUUAUAUACAGAUGAGGGAUCACGUUUUCUGUUCUCCUUGGUCGUUAUUCGUAUUAUGGAUGUAUGCUCGAGAACGAGAUCCCGUAUGGUCGAGCUUCGACCCCAACAUUGGAGGGUUGGGACCAUCAGAGGAGCAGCGGGGAAGAGAUUUAGUGGGUUUUGACCGCAUUCGAGUCCUGGAAACGAGUCUGCCGAGCAAUGUGCAGGGGCUUCGAGAUGAUAUGUUUUUGAUCCGGAAUAUAUUCACCUACAGAUCGCCGGCUGGAGGAAGGGUACGCGUAGCUGCAGGUACGGCGUUUUCUGUUGCAAGGUUGUAUAGGAGGAUAGAUUGGGUGGAUGCGUUUCGAGAGACGAUAUACCAGCUACUUGCCCCGAUGCGGUUUGCCACCCGAACGAGCGAUGAUCCGGAUAUGCCCAAUUAUUAUAAUUCUGGGUUGCGGGCAGCGGAUGGUGCGUUAGAACAAGAUGGCCAAUCGGCCGAAAUGCUGCCUGUUGAUGCAUGGGACGAAUUUGAUAUGAAUGUCAGAGUGUUCUUGGCCUGGUCAGAGGAGGAGGAAUCAGGAAACGAUACGCAAAGCAAUAACGGUUCGAGCAAUAGUGGUGACUCCGUAGUAAGCUAUAGUGGCGAAAUACCUAGCCGGGACGUCAUCUGGUUGUUGUUUUCAUUUGGAAGAUACGUACUUGGAAGCCACUGGGUCGGCAGCUACCCAAUCGUGCCCCCUUCAGUCGAAGAGUUAUUGAGGAGAGCAGCACUUGAUAUAGCAAUACGUGAACGAGGCGAGGAAGUAAGGUCGGAAGGCGUGGGUGUCAAUAUGGAAGGUGGUAUGAUCUAA